UACAGUUUCUCUCACACAGGCGCAUUACUUACGCUGGGGAUCUAAUGAUAUGAUUUCAAUGUAUAUUUCUCUGAAAUUUAGGAAUUUCUAAAGAUUUUCUCUGAGGAAUAAAAACAGGCAGGGAAAAACAGAGAUUUGGGACUAAAUUAAAUUCUUUUUUAAUCUGCAGUUUUUGCAUAACAGCAAUAAGUAAAAGUGAAACUAAACUGCAGAUUUAGCAGAAGCCUUUACUGAGCUCAGAACAGACCGAGACAGAAUGGCGUCUGGAUAUUCUCUCCUGGAAGAGGAGCUCUCAUGUCCUGUGUGCUCUGAAAUCUUCAGGGAUCCUGUUCUCCUGAGUUGCAGUCACAGCUUCUGUAAGGCCUGUCUGCAGCAGUACUGGAAACAGAAGAGAUCUCGGGAGUGUCCAGUGUGUAGGAGAAGAUCUUCAAGGGAACUACCUCCCAUCAGUCUAUCUUUGAGGAAUACCUGUGAGGCGUUCUUAAAGGAGAGAAGUCAGAGAGCUAAAGCAGGAUCUGAAGUGCUCUGCAGUCUGCACAGUGAGAAACUCAAGCUCUUCUGUUUGGUGGAUCAAAUACCCGUCUGUGUUAUCUGCCAAACUUCAAAAAAACAUGAAAACCACAAAAUGCGACCAGUUCAAGAGGCUGCAGAAGAGUAUAAGGAGAAACUCAGGACUGCACUGGCUCCACUGCAGGAGAAGCUAAAAUCCUUUAAUGCAGUGAAACUAGUUUGUGAUCAAACAGCAGAGCACAUCAAGAGCCAAGCCCAGCACACAGAGAGACAGAUAAAGAUGGAGUUUGAGAAACUUCAGCAGUUCCUAAAAGAUGAAGAGACAGCCAGAGUCGCUGCACUGAGGGAGGAAGAGGAGCAGAAGAGUCAGAUGAUGACGGAGAAGAUUGAGAAGAUGACAGAAGAGAUAUCAUCGCUUUCAGAACAAAUCCGAGCCAUUGAACAGGAGCUGGGAGCUGAAGACGUCUCAUUCCUGCAGAGCUACAAGGACACACAAAACAGAGCCCAGUGCACACUGGCGGAUCCAGAGAAGGUCUCAGGAGCGCUGAUUGAUGUGGCCAAGCACCUGGGCAAUCUGAAGUACAGAGUGUGGGAGAAGAUGCUGGGGACUGUUCAAUACACUCCUGUGACUCUGGACCCAAACACAGCACAUCCCGACCUCUCACUGUCUGAGGAUCUGACCGGUGUGGGACGCAGUGAUGAGAGACAGCAGGUUCCUGAUAAUCCAGAGAGAUUUGAUGGGAGGUGGUAUGUGCUGGGAUCUGAGGGAUUCAGCUCAGGGAGACACUGCUGGGAUGUAGAGGUGGGGGAUGAUGACUGGGUGGUGGGUGUUGCUAAAGAGUCCAUCAGCAGGAAAGGGGCUGUGGAUCUGAGCCCAGCAAGAGGAGUGUGGGGUAUAUGGCGGCGCUUUCAGCAUUAUGCAGCCCUGACCUUCCCACCUACACCCCUCACUGUGCAGAGGAAUCCCCGGAGGGUCAGAGUGCAGCUGGACUGGGACAGGGGGGAGGUGUCAUUCUCUGACCCCAGUGACAACACUCCUCUCUACACUUUUAAACACUCCUUCACUGAGAGAGUGUUUCCAUUCUUCUGGCUUGAUUUUAUGUGUACCGAUCCACUGAAGGUGUCCAGUGUUUCCCCCAGGAUUUUAUUGUAUUUAGCAGAAGCCAUUACUAAGCUCAGAACAGACAGAAUGGCGUCUGGAUCUUCUCCCCUGGAAGAGGAGCUCUCAUGUCCUGUGUGCUCUGAAAUCUUCAAGGAUCCUGUUCUCCUGAGUUGCAGUCACAGCUUCUGUAAGGCCUGUCUGCAGAAGUACUGGGAACAGAAGGGAUCUCGGGAGUGCCCAGUGUGCAGGAGAAGAUCUUCUAUGGAUCAGCCCUUUAACCUGUCUUUGAGGAAUGCCUGUGAGGCGUUCUUAAAGGAGAGAAGUCAGAGAGAAAAAGCAGGAUCUGAAGUGCUCUGCAGUCUGCACAGUGAGAAACUCAAACUCUUCUGUUUGGUGGAUCAAAUACCCGUCUGUGUGAUCUGCCAAACUUCAAAAAAACAUGCAAACCAUGAACUGCUACCAAUUCAGGAGGCAGCAGAAGACUAUAAGGAGAAACUCAGGACUGCACUGGCUCCACUACAGAAGAAGCUAAAAGCCUUUAAUGCAGUGAAACUAGUCUGUGAUCAAACAGCAGAGCACAUCAAGAGCCAGGCCCAGCACACAGAAAGACAGAUAAAGAUGGAGUUUGAGAAGCUUCAGCAGUUUCUAAAAGAUGAAGAGACAGCCAGAGUCACUACACUGAGGAAGGAAGAGAAGCAGAAGAGUCAGAUGAUGAAGGAGAAGAUUGAGAAGAUGACAGAAGAGAUAUCAUCCCUUUCAGAACAAAUCAGAGCCAUAGAACAGGAACUGGGGGCUGAAGACGUCUCAUUCCUGCAGAGCUACAAGGACACACAAAACAGAGCCCAGUGCUCACUAGCAGAUCCAGAGAAGGUCUCAGGAGCGCUGAUUGAUGUGGCCAAGCACCUGGGCAAUCUGAAGUACAGAGUGUGGGAGAAGAUGCUGGGGACUGUUCAAUACACUCCUGUGAUUCUGAACCCAAACACAGCACAUCCCAGACUCUCACUGUCUGAGGAUCUGACCAGUGUGAGAUGCAGUGGUGAGAGUCAACAGGUUCCUGAUAAUCCAGAGAGAUUUAAUGGGGGGCAGUGUGUGCUGGGCUCUGAGGGAUUCAGCUCAGGGAGACACUGCUGGGAUGUAGAAGUGGGGGGUGAGGCCUGGGCGGUGGGUGUGGCUAAAGAGUCCAUCAGCAGGAAAGGGGCUGUGGAUUGGAGCCCAGCAGGAGGAGUAUGGUGUAUAUGGCAGUGCUUUCUACGUUAUGAAGCCUUGACCUCCCCAACUAAAGCCCUCACUGUGCAGAGGGAACCCCAGAGGGUCAGAGUGCAGCUGGACUGGGACAGGGGGGAGGUGUCAUUCUCUGACCCCAGAGACAACACUCAUCUCCACACUUUUAAACACUCCUUCACUGAGAGAGUGUUUCCAUUCUUCUAUCCUGCUUCAUCGUCUCCACUGAAGGUGUCCAGUGUUUCCCCCAGGAUUUCACUGUAGGCAGGGGCGGUGA